AUGCCUUUCAGUUUACCUUUUGCUAUUGGAGCUGGUAUUAUCAGACUUACUGUAGAAGAUGGAAAAAAGGAUUUUAAAGAGAGAUGGAAAACAUUAUUUGCAGCGAAAAAAAUACUAAAUUCCAAUAAAACGGAUGGUAUAAAAGAAACGCCAAAUUCUAAUGAAACGGACGAUAUAGAAGAAACAUCAAAUUCUAAUUAA